AUGCCUCAAUCCAACGACGGCGAGUCUCUCGCGCCCAGCAACAGCAACGCAGAGGUCAACCGCACCCGCAUAGAAUGGCAGCUCUACACAUCCCACUUCCUGUCCAUGUGGAACUCGCGGCUCUUCGAGUUCGGCGCCGUGCUCUUCCUCGCAUCUAUAUUCCCCUCGACGCUUUUGCCCAUGUCCAUCUACGCUCUGAUCCGCAGCUUGUCCGCCAUGCUCCUCGCGCACCCGCUCGGCACAUGGAUCGACGGCGGCAAUCGACUCAGCGUCGUGCGCGUCUCGAUUCUGGGCCAGAGGCUCGCCGUGGCAGGGAGCUGCGGCGUGUUAUGGCUCAUCGAGGUGCGCAUGGGGGCCUUGAGUGUGACGGGCGUGAAUGGCCUGUUUGCCCUUCUCGUGGCGUUGGCGUGUGUCGAGAAGCUGUGUGCUACCAUGAAUACAAUUGCCGUUGAGAGGGACUGGGUUGUUGUCAUGACGGAAGGGGACGAGGAUUGGCGACGAGUGAUCAAUGCGAGAAUUCGCCGUAUUGACCUCGCAUGUAAACUCGUCGGGCCGUUUGUUGUGUCCCUCGUCGCGAUGGCGUCUACCAUCAUCGCCAUCUGGACCGUGCUGGGCGUGAACAUGGUCUCUGUUCCCAUCGAGUACAUCUGCAUAGAGAGAGUAUACAAGAGUGUUCCGGCCCUCGAACGAGUCUCCGCCGAUGAGGAAAUUGCGUCGUCUUCCCGAGAGGAUGAACAAGCGCCCUCGGGCCUCACCUCCUUCAUCUCAAAUAUCCUGCCUGUGUCUUCGAUCUCCUUCUACAUCCGCCACCCCGCCUUCCUCCCCUCCUUCUCGCUGUCUCUUCUUUAUCUCACAGUCCUCUCCUUCUCGGGCCAAAUGGUCACAUACCUCAUGUCGGUCGGCUACACCCCCUUACAUGUAGGCAUCGCCCGCACAGGCAGCACCAUUGUCGAACUAAGCGCCACCUGGGUUGCGCCCCGGCUCAUCAGGAGAAUCGGUCCUAUACGGGGUGGAUUAUGGAGCUUAAACUGGCAGAUGGCAUGUUUGGCAAUCGGUGUGUGUUGGUACAUGAUAGACCUAAACAAGCACGCAAGCAAUGCCUUCAUCUCCGCAACAGUCUUGGCCAUCUGCGUGGCCUUCAGUCGACUGGGUCUUUGGGGGUAUGAUCUCUGCGCGCAGAGCAUAGUCCAAGAGGAAGUCGAAGCUACCCACCGAGGGUCGUUUUCCACAGCAGAAGCAGCAUUCCAGAACCUCUUUGAGCUUCUCUCUUUUGCAUCUACAAUCGCCUUCUCCAAGCCAGAUCAGUUUCAGUGGCCCAUGUUGAUUAGUAUCCUGGCUGUGUAUAUUUCAGGCAUCCUGUAUGCCCUAUUCUUACGUUCGAGGAGAGGGCACUUGUUCCAUGCUCCGCCGUGUUUAAAGGCCAGAACCGAAGGAAGAAUAGUUUUAGAGUAA